AUGAGCUUGAUAUUAAAGAAAUUGAGGAAACCUGAAUAUGAACAGAUAUAUAUGAAUCAAGAAAUUAUUGAUACUGUUGAAACUACCUUAGAUAGUGAAGAAGGAACUUCACAAACUGUUAUGUUUGAUGAAGAAAGAUAUGGAGCUAUAAAAGAAAAACAGAUAUCUUUAAGAGAUAAAGAUGUUUUUAUUAAACCAAUACUACCUUGGUUUAACAAAACUAUAUACAUUGCCAAAUAUGACGAAAUGCAUAUUAACAUAGAAAAUGUUAAGGGCAAUACUAUUGUACCUUUAAUUACAAGAGAAUGUGUUAAUAGAGAAUUAGUAAAUAUUAAAAGAUCCACUAGAGAAAGAUUAAAGAAUAUAGUGAUUGGAGGAAUCCAAAUCAUGAUUAAAGGAUACUUUAGAGAGGGAAUGAAUAUUCCUAUGCAAAUAUAUUUAAUGGCUAAUAGGAUACUUCAUGAUCCUAUGGACGCUCUAUUAGGAGUUGUCUCUGGAAAUUUUGUAUAUAAGAAAAUUAUAUUUACUAUAAGAUCUAGAUUUGCCAUGUCUAUAUUAGAUGAAAACUUAAGUUUAGGAUUAAAUCUACAUUACAAAAUUGAUGGAUUAAGUAUGCCACCAAGAAGUAAAGCUGUAACUUUACGUUGUAAAGCUUUAUAUGCUUUUACUACUACACACCAAAAAGAAAUCAAUAAAAUUUCAGGAGAAUUCAUAGAAAUUCAUGAAGACUUUAAAAACCUAGCACAAUUUACAUCACCAAGAAUGCUAAGUGAUUGUAACAUUUCGUUACCACAAGAGAUAUUACUUGAUUUUCAUCAACGAUCUAGAAGAAUAGACAGUAAUGUAGGUAAUCAAGGAUUAGCAACUUUGAAUAUUUUUGGACAAUUUGUAGUUAGAAUGCCUAGUAGAAGAAUAGAAAGAAGUAUCAGUACUAGAGAACUCUCAAGCUCUAGUAGACCAUAUACAAGAAGAAAUUACACAACUAUACCUAGAAAUAGUAUUGAUAUUGAUUUAAGAAAAAGUGAGGAAGAUAAUUUCCUUAUAUUAACAGAAUAUUUCAAUAAUCAAAAUAACUGCAAAGAAAUCAUAACCCUUGUUAAUAUCGGAGCUCGUACUAGCCAUAUAAGAGCAGACUUAGUCGAUCAUUUAGUAGAAGAAAAUCUGCCAUAG